GACUCCGAACAGGAAGAGGACGAAAAAAACCGUCCGCGACGCCGAGUCUAACCGGACCCGCAGUCACCAUGAACAGCAAAGGUCAGUAUCCAACACAGCCAACCUACCCUGUGCUGCCUCCUGGGAAUCCAGUAUACCCUCAGAGCUUGCAUCUUCCUCAGGCUCCACCCUAUACUGACGCUCCACCUGCCUACUCAGAGCUGUUUCGUCCAAACUUUGUGCACCCAGGGGCUGCCACAGUCCCCACUAUGUCAGCUGCAUUUCCUGGCACCUCUCUGAAUGUUCCUAUGGCCCAGUCUGUAGCUGUUGGGCCUUUAGGUUCCACAAUCCCCAUGGCUUAUUAUCCUGUUGGUCCCAUCUAUCCUCCUGGUUCAACAGUGCUGGUGGAAGGAGGGUAUGAUGCAGGAGCCAGAUUUGGAGCUGGGGCAACUGCUGGCAACGUUCCUCCUCCACCUCCUGGAUGCCCUCCCAAUGCUGCUCAGCUUGCAGUCAUGCAGGGAGCCAAUGUCCUUGUAACUCAGCAGAAGGGAAACUUCUUCAUGGGUGGCUCCGAUGGUGGCUACACCAUCUGGUGAGGAAGCAAGGCCGCCUCUGUGCCGGGAAAGACAUCACAUAUCUUCAGCACUUCUCACAAUGUAACUGCUUUAGUCAUAUUAACCUGAACUUGCAGUUUAGACACAUGUUGUUGGGGUGUCUUUCUGGUGCCCAAAACUUUCAGGCACUUUUCAAAUUUAAUAAGGAACCAUGUAAUGUAGCAGUACCUCCCUAAAGCAUUUUGAGGUAGGGGAGGUAUCCAUUAAUAAAAUGAAUGUGGGUGAAGCAGCCCCAAGGAUCUUCCUUUAAUUCCUCUGGAGUAAUACUGUACCAUACUGGUCUUUGCUUUUAGUAAUAAAAUAUCAAAUUAGGUUUGAAGGGAACUUUGAUAUUCCUAAGAAUUGAAGUUGCCAAAUUAUUCUGAUUGGUCUUUAAUCUCCUUUAAGUCUUUUGACUUAUAGUUCCUAGUAAAUGAAAAGCAUUAGCUGUCUGCCUUUUCCUUUCCAUUCUCCAUCCCAUGUGGCAUCUCCAUCCUGUCUUCCAUCCCCCUCCAACCAAUCUCCAUUGAUUCAGUGGUGCAGGAUAGAAAGGCCGUCAGAUGAGUUUCCUUCUUUCCUUGCACUUCUCCCACUUGCCAUCUUCUAGCUUGUCUUUCACAAGGAUCCUCUGAAGCCCCCAUUUUCUUCUGUUUUUGUAUCUCAGGCAAAAAUGGAGGGUGCCUUUUGGACCUUCUCACAGGUUGUCUCUGCAUACAUGAACCCAACUCAAAUUUGCUUUGGUGCCAGAAAAACUGAGCUUUGUGUGAACAAAGGAUAUCAGUGUAAACUAUCCCAUAAAAAAAAAAAGUGUAUAAAAUGUGACAGGCAAGGAAAAACAUGCAUUUCAAAAGCUUGACUUUGGCGCCAAAUUAGGAGGUGUUUCAGAUCAGUGAUUGGUUACCAUUUUUGGUCAGUGACCAAUGCGGCCACUCAUGGCUCUCAAGAGUUCCUAAGCC